AUGCAGAAGAAAGGCGGUGACACGCUCAGCCUCAAGCCAUCGAACGGUCCUUCAUUUGUCGUGAACAUGAGCUCGAGAUGGGCGAACACAUCUGACCAUGGUAGAAUCCUUGACUUUUUCUCAGGCGUCAUCGAGAAGGUCAAGGCAGAGGCGAAGAGAAAAGGGGUGGACAAUGACUACAUUUACAUGAUCUACGCAUCGCAAUUUGAAGACCCAAUCGGCAGUUACGGCGCGACCAAUGUUCAGAAGUUAAAAGCGGUGUCGGCCAAGUAUGAUCCUGCAUCUGUGUUCAUCAACUUGAUGCCUGGCCACUUCAAGCUGGGCAAGGGCGCGCCGACCCCGAGCAUGCCUUGA